UCUGGUGGAUUAUAACAGACGGAACAUUUUAAACUCAACGUUUGCUCUCUAGAAAGUCUAACAGCGGGAUUUAAGUUCAUCAUCUGUCUAGAGCUGCUGCUGUCUUCCUGCACUGGAAGUUAAAUCUCUGUUUUUCAGAGUUUAAGAUUCAAACCAGACCAUUUUUCUGACUUUCAUUCAGUUUUUAAAUCUUUCUGGAUUCUGUGUAAAAACAUGUAAAGAUCUGUGUCCUGAAGAGAUUCAGGGUAGAAACAGAGUGAAAACUUCAGGAUGAUGUUGGAUUCUGAGCCUUGGACGUUCGUCUGACAGCUGGAGCUCAACAUGGCCUCUCACUGCAUCACAUAAAGACGAGCCCAAAGUCAACACCUCCAGUGACGUCCUUGCCAUAAAUAUGGUGUCCAGGGUGAAGCAACCUGAGGGGCGGAGCCUAGCCUCGCUGUUUUCCUGCUGCUUCAAAGAAGAUGACCAACCAGAGAUCACCUACGUCCGGGACGUCCACACUGCGGCGGUCCUGGAGUCCACACUGCCCAUGCCCCCCCCUCAGGAGCUGGACACCAUGUUCACUGAGCUGGUGGAUGAGCUGGACCUCACCGAGGAGCACCGAGCCGCCAUGUUUGCUCUGCCAGCCGAGAAGAAAUGGCAGAUUUACUGUAGUAAGAAAAUGGAGGCUGAAGAGAACAAAGGAGCGACCAGGUGGCCAGAGUAUUAUAUUGACCAGCUCCGCACUAUGGCUGCAAGGAGGACUCUCUUGACCCUGGAAGACGAGGAUGAGCAGGGCAGGCAUAAGAUCGUAGACGGUUUAAGGACAGCUCUUAGGACUCAGCCUAUGAGGUUUGUGACUCGGUUCAUCGAGUUGGACGGCCUCUCUUGUAUCCUGAAUUUCCUAAAGACGAUGGACUACGAGACCAGCGAGUCUCAGGUCCACACGUCGCUGAUUGGCUGCAUCAAAGCUCUGAUGAACAACUCGCAGGGUCGAGCUCACGUGCUGGGUCACUGCGAGAGCAUCAACAUCAUCGCUCAGAGCCUGGCAACAGAAAACAUCAAGACAAAGAUCGCCUUGUUGGAGAUCCUUGGUGCCGUAUGUUUGGUUCCUGGAGGUCACAGAAAAGUCCUGGAGGCCAUGCUGCACUACCAGAAGUUUGCAGCAGAGAGGACACGCUUUCAGACUCUGGUGACAGACUUGGACCGAUCGACGGGACGAUACCGAGACGAGGUGAAUCUGAAGACGGCCAUCAUGUCCUUCAUCAACGCUGUGCUCAGCAAAGGAGCGGGAGAGACCAGUCUGGAGUUCAGGACUCAUCUGCGUUACGAGUUUCUGAUGUUGGGCAUUCAGCCCGUCAUCGACAAACUGCACGGACAUGAAAACGCCACGCUGGACAGACAUCUGGACUUCUUUGAGAUGUUGAGGAAUGAAGAUGAGCUGCUGAUGGCCAAACAGUUUGACGCUGUCCACAUAGAGACUAAAAGUGCGAGUCAGAUGUUUGAGCUGAUUCAGAAGAAGCUGAAGCACACUGAGGCGUAUCCUCACCUGCUGUCUGCUCUGCACCACUGUCUCAUGAUGCCCUAUAAGCAGACUAGCACGGCUCUGCAGUACUGGGUUCUGUUGGACCGGAUCAUCCAGCAGCUCGUUCUGCAGACGGAGAAAGGGGAAGACCCUGACGUGGCACCGCUGGAGGACUUCAACGUGAAAAACAUUGUUCGCAAGUUAGUGAAGGAGGACGAGGUGAAAAAAUGGAAAGAACAAGCUGAUAAAAUGAGAAAAGAACAACAGAACUUACAGCAGCGUUAUGAGAAGAAGGAGAGGGAGUGCGAGGCCAAGAACAAGGAGAAAGAUGACCUGAUGGCCAUGCUGAACAAAAUGAAAGAAAAACUGGAGCGGGAGACCAACGACCACAAGAGAGCAAAGCAGCAAGUGGCGGAGCUGUCUGCCCAUCUACAGCAGCUCAGCUCGAGCUCCAGUGUUCCCGGUGGACCUCCUGUGCCCUCUGGUGGUUUGGCUCCUCCUGGUUCCGUCCCGUCCAUCGUUUCUCCUCCACCUCCACCACCUCCUCCGCCUCCUCCUCCUCCUCCUCCAGGAGGCCCAUCAGCUUUUGGCGUGGCUCCUUUUGCCCCACCCCCUCCUGCUCCUGGAGCUCCUCUAGGAAACACACCAAGAAAGAACAUCCCUCGACCAGCGAACCCACUGAAGUCCUUCAACUGGAACAAACUGCCUGAGAACAAGAUCGAAGGAACAAUCUGGAAAGACGUGGAUGACCUGAAGGUGUUUAAAGUUCUUGAUCUGGAGGAGGUUCAGAGGAUUUUCUCAGCUUACCAGAAACCACAAAAGGAGACUGAGGAUGAUUUCUCCUUUGGAAAGAAAGCGAAGGAGCUGUCGGUGAUUGACGGACGUCGAGCUCAGAACUGUAACGAUUUCUCCUUUGGAAAGAAAGCGAAGGAGCUGUCGGUGAUUGACGGACGUCGAGCUCAGAACUGUAACAUCCUCCUGUCUCGACUGAAGCUGACCAAUGAGGAGAUCCGACAUGCCAUCCUGAGCAUGGAUGAACAGGAGGAUUUACCCAAAGACAUGCUGGAGCAGCUGCUGAAGUUCGUUCCAGAGAAGAGCGACAUCGAGCUUCUGGAGGAGCACAAACAUGAGCUGGACCGGAUGGCCAAGGCAGACCGCUUCCUCUACGACAUGAGCAGCAUCAACCACUACCAGCAAAGACUCCAGUCCCUCUACUUCAAGAAGAAGUUUACAGAACGAGUGGAGGAGGUCAAACCCAAGAUUAAAGCUCUGAGUCUGGCGUCUCAGGAGGUUCUUCAGAGUCAGACUCUCCGUCAGCUCCUAGAGGUCGUUCUGGCGUUAGGAAACUUUAUGAACAAAGGACAACGAGGAAACGCCUACGGGUUUAAAGUGUCCAGUCUCAACAAGAUAGCUGACACCAAGUCUAGCACUGACAAACACAUUACUCUGCUGCACUACAUGAUCACUGUCCUGGAGAAGAAAUAUCCAAAGGUGGCGGUGUUUGGUGAGGAGCUGCAGAAUGUGCCGGAAGCUGCUAAAGUCAACAUGACGGAGCUGGAGAAGGACAUGGGCAACCUUCGUUCUGGUCUGAAGAGUGUUGAGACGGAGCUUCAGUACCAGCAGGCGAAGUCCUCUGAGGGUCCUUCUGACAAAUUUGUCCCUGUGGUCAGUCAGUUCAUCACCGUGGCCUCCUUCAGCUUCUCUGAGGUCGAGGAGUCACUCAGCGAGGCCAAAGACGUGUUUGAGAAAGCACUGAGACACUUCGGAGAGGUUUCCAACCUGCAGCCAGACGAGUUCUUUGGCAUCUUUGACUCGUUCCUCACAGCGUUCUCCGAGGCCAAACAGGACAACGAGAACAUGGCCCGACGCAAGGAGGAGGAGGAGAGACGGGCGCUCCUGGAGGCACAGCUGAAGAAAGACCGGGAGCAGAAAGCGAAGAAAGCCCGAGCUAACGAAGAGGAGGGGGGAGAGUUCGAUGACCUGGUGUCGGCUCUGCGCUCUGGAGAAGUGUUCGAUAAAGAUCUGACCACCAUGAACCGAAGGAAACAACGGAAACACCACUUAUAUGACAGCGGCCGGGAGAGACCAGUAACUAAACUGGACCAGUGACAGACCAGUACCUAAACUGGACCAGUAACAGACCAGUACCUAAACUGGACCAGUAACAGACCAGUAACUAAACUGGACCAGUAACAGGACUCUGCUGGACUAAGGAGACUGUUAAGGCAUCGCUGAAUACGUGAAUACCUCAAAGAGAACGUGGCGUGGAGUUACUGUCAUUCAGACCCACAUUCUGGUUCAUGGUCACAGUUAUACUACGGUACUGUGGUAGAAAUAACACUUAAAACAGAAGAGUUAGAGCUCCCCCUGCUGGCUGCAGCAUAGGUAGUGAGCCACGCCCCAUGGGCCUAACUAUAACAUCAAAACGUCCAAUGAAUAUUAAUGACAUAGUUUCUGUAUUUCUAGUUCUCAUUCAGUCUCUAUUCACAGAUUCUGUACAAACAUGUCGGGUUCGGUUACGCCGCGUCCUAACGCUUUGUGCUGAUGCAGCUAAAAAAAAAUAGAUGUGAAUAUUAUAAAUCACAACUAUCUCCACUUUUUAAAAAAGUUCACAAACAGGAGGAGU